AUGGAAAAGCAGUUCCAAAUUUUCACUAAAAAGAGUAUUGAAAGUGGCUCAUCCAACGUGUGUGGAAGCAGCCUGUAAGUCUUUUCUAGAUAAAACGAAUUACAUAUAUGGGAUACACUAAUAUUUCCUGUCCCUAAGCAAAGCAGUUUGUUUUCUCCCUGCCUGCCCCUCCGAUCUUGCCCCCUUUCCCUGCUCCCUGCUUGCUAAGAAAAAAGCCACCUCCCACAAUGCUGCUUCAUGUUUGCGGAAGGGAGUCGCUUGCGGCCGGAUUCCACUGGGUGGAGACACUGGAGCUCGCGUCGAGAAGCGGCCGCUGCUGUUGAAGGAAAAGCUGAGCGAGGCAAAGGAGCGCAGCAUGAGUGGGAAAGAGCCGCUGCUGGGAACCCUGAAAGUAUGUAUUCGCAGUCUUCAAGAAGGCAGUAGCCCUUGUACAGACACUUCCCCUCACAUACACCCCUUUUGUGAGAUCCUGGAAAUGAUCCUUCGGAAAGGAAUAAAGCAACCAGUUCUAGGUUUCAAGAGGAGGGACUAUUGGCAUUGGAUAGAACAGCUUCCUCACCAGGUGACCCAUCGCAGUAUGACCCGUCUGUCAAUCAUGAUUGAGAAAACAAAUUCUUGUGAGAAGGUGCUCAGGGUGCAAGGCAGAGGGCGGUACUUCCUGCGUCAGGCUUUGAAUGGGAAGCUCCUAGCCGUGACUAUUCAGCAGCUGGUCAGAUCUCCCCGGCUGCUUGAGUGGUAUGAUCCAGUGACCUCCAUCCUGGGCAAUGAAGAUUUUUUGGAGCCUUUCCUGUCUAUGAUGCUUGUGGUGACAGAAAUGAGUUUCUCACUUGAUGAGCAGAAUUCCAGCUUCUUGGAUGAAAGCUGGCAGCUUCCGGUGUGCUUAACCUAUGAAACUGUCCCCUGCAGGGAGCUAGGAAUGGUGCUCAGAUACUUGGAUGGACGGAUUUUCAUCAUAGACCUGCUUCCACAGAGCCAGGCAGAAGUGGAUGAGGUUGUGCUGGUUGGGGAUGUCAUUGAUGAGAUAAAUGGAUUUUCACUGAGGAAUGCAUGCAAUGGACAGGCAGGAACUGUGCUACAGAAACUAAAGGGCAAGCCACUGAGCUUCCAAAUAAUUAGGUGGAAAUGGCACGAUGGAGGGCUAUACAAGCCGCUGCUGCCGUACCUGAAAGUUAUCCAGGAGCAAAUCCCCAACUUUCAGCUCCAGCAUAAACAUGGACACAAAGAAGAAAAUGUAGGUCGUAUCCUGCAGGGGGGCAGGUUGCUGUACAAUCUGCGGUACUUGGGCCAAGUCAACGUUGGAAAGCAUGGAGGCAAAGAAGUAUUAGACCAUGGCAUCCCAAUGGUUUUAGACAAACAUUUACCACCACAGGAGGUUUUAUUUGAUGUGAAAGAAACAGAAGUGCUUGUACAACAGAAGAUUUCUUCAAAGCAGGUUCUGUUCCACUACUCUUAUACAGACAUCUCCUGCGUGGGACGGCGUCUGGACAGCAACAAUCUCUUUGCAUUCUGUAUUGUCGCUUCACCAGAGACUCCAGAACACAGCAGCUUUGACUGUCUUGUGUUUCAAUCAAAUUCUGAAGAAGAAAGUGAGGAAAUUGUUAGAAGAAUUGCUGUUGGAUUUAAACACACUGAAUGGUUUGUCUGAUGGAAAUGCAAUGGGCUGGUUCCUGGGCUUCUGGCAGUGACCUACUUUUGGAACCCCAUGAGUUUGAAAAGGCCCCGUUUUAGUCGGUGACACCCUGGCAAAUGUACUCUUGGGAUUAUGAAGCUACAUAAAGAUGAUUAGAACUCUGCACUGAAAGUACUCUUUCAAAUGUAUCCUUUUAUUGAUUUGAGUUUGUACUGCGUUUUCAUGUUUACAUUAUUUUCAAAAUUAAUUUGGAAUAAAAUCAAGAUAAACUCAUCC